CCUAUGUCCCUCAUCACUCUCACUUCUUGUUUGCAGGCAUCCUCAUCUUGUAAAACCCUGCCAAAAAAUACACAAAGUGCCAAAUGACCCUCAAUCUCUUUCUUUUCUUUUCAACUACACUCUUCUUUUAAUUCUCAUGGCUUCCUUCAUCUCUCCGUCUCUCUCUCAUCUCUUUCCAUUGCACAAAGACCCUCCGUCACCAAUCAAAUACAGAAUCAGAACCACAAAAUUACACCGAAACAGACACAAAGCUCUCCCUUUUGUCCAUAGUUUACGUGUCUUUGGGCUUCAAGGAGCUUCAAAGUGCUCCAAGAGCAGUCAAGACCUGCCUUUGGAUUCACCCAGAAGGUUAAAACAAGAAAAAGAAUUAGUUUUCUCAAAUGGGUUCCUUUCAAAACCUGAAAAAGGUGUAUUUCAAUGCAUCACAAGGCCUAUAGUGCUCACAUUGUUUUGUAUUGCAAUUGGGUUUUAUCCACUUGGUGCUUUGCCACCUCCUGCUGUGGCUGAUGUCGCGGCGGCUAGUGAAGUUGCAGUUAAAAAGAAGGAGAAAAAAUUGAAUAAAGAAUCAAACUUGAAGGAGCAUGAGUUUUCAAAUUAUACUAAAAGUUUGCUGGAGGAGGUUUCGAGGUUGUUGAAGCGUAUAGAGGAGGUUAGGAAAGGAAAUGGCAGUGUAGAGGAAGUGAAGUUGGUGUUAAAAGCGGUAAAAGGAAGGAAAGAGGAGUUGCAGAGGGAAAUUAUGGAGGGGAUGUAUUUGGAAGUGAGGCAGUUGAGGAAGGAAAAAGGGAAGAUGGAAAAUCGCUCAGAGGAGAUUGUGGAAGAGGUGGAAAAGGAAAAGAAAGAGUAUGAUAAUUUGAGGGAAAAGGGCGAGAAAGAGAGAAUGGAGGCGUUGGAGGAGAGAAUGAGAGUGAUGGAUGAGGAGUACACUAGUGUAUGGGAUAGAAUUGGAGAGAUUGGGGGUGAGAUUUUGAGGAGGGAGACAAUGGCAUUGAGUGUUGGGGUUAGGGAACUUUGCUUUAUUGAGAGAGAGUGUGAGGAAUUGGUGAAGAGGUUUAGCCAGGAAAUGAGGCAAAAGAGUACGGACAGUCAGAAAAAGAGCUCUAUUACCAAGCUUCCAAGAUCUGACAUUCAGAAAGAACUGGAAACUGCACAAAGAAAAUUAUUGGAGCAAAUGAUUCUGCCUAAUGUUGUAGAAGGUGAAGGCCUUGGGCUAUUAUUUGAUCAAGAUUCGAUUGAUUUUGCUGCACGUAUAAGACAAGGCCUUAAAGAUUCACAGAAGCUGCAGAAAGAUACGGAGGCUCAUAUAAGGAAAAAGAUGAAGAGGUUCGGUGAUGAAAAGCAUUUGGUUGUGAAGACAUCAGCAGAUGAGAUUGUGAAGGGCUAUCCAGAAGUUGAAUUGAAGUGGAUGUUUGGGGAUAAGGAGGUUGUAGUUCCUAAAGCAAUUCAUCUUCACCUGUACCAUAGCUGGAAAAAAUGGUGUGAAGAAGCUACGGCAGAACUGAAAAGAAAAUUGUUGGAAGAUGCAGAUUUUGGUAAAGAAUAUGUGGCCCGAAAACAGGAACAAGUUCUUCUGGGUCGCGAUAGGGUAGUAUCAAAGACAUGGUACAGUGAAGAAAAAAACAGGUGGGAAAUGGAACCAAUAGCUGUUCCAUAUGCUGUCUCCAAGAAAUUAGUGGAGCAUGCUCGAAUUAGGCAUGACUGGGGUGCCAUGUACAUUGCACUGAAGGGGGAUGACAAGGAAUAUUUUGUUGAUAUUAAGGAAUUUGAAAUUCUCUAUGAAGAUUUUGGAGGGUUUGAUGGGCUGUACAUGAAAAUGCUUGCCAGUGGCAUUCCAACUAGUGUUCAUCUGAUGUGGAUCCCUUUAUCAGAGUUGGAUUUGGGUCAACAGUUUCUCAUGGCAUUAAGGCUGACUGGUCAAUGCUUAAAUGGAUUAUGGAAGAGUAGAAUUGUUUCAUAUGGGAGAGAUUGGGUUGUAGAAAAAGUUAGAAAUAUAAAUGAUGACAUAAUGAUGGUGAUCGUGUUCCCCAUGCUGGAGCUCAUCGUUCCAUUCCCGGUAAGGAUGCGGUUGGGGAUGGCAUGGCCAGAGGAAAUAGAUCAAACUGUUGGCUCAACGUGGUACUUGAAAUGGCAAUCUGAGGCAGAAAUAAAUUUUAAGUCCAGAAAAACUGAUGAUAUGCAAUGGUUUUUUUGGUUUGCCAUUAGAUUGUUUAUAUAUGGAUAUAUUUUGUUCCAUGCCUUCCGGUUUCUGAAGAGAAAAGUUCCAAGACUUUUAGGUUUUGGACCUUUACGUAGCAGAGAUCCAAACUUCCUGAAGUUACGCAGAGUGAAAUACUAUGUUAAGUACAAGUUGAGGACCAUCAAACGUAAGAAAAAAGCUGGGAUUGAUCCUAUAAGCACUGCAUUUGAUGGAAUGAAGAGGGUAAAGAAUCCUCCUAUACCAUUGAAGGAUUUUUCUAGUGUUGAGUCUAUGAGAGAGGAAAUCAAUGAAGUUGUUGCAUUUCUACAAAAUCCUAGUGCUUUUCAAGAAAUGGGUGCCCGUGCACCUCGAGGAGUUCUUAUUGUAGGUGAGAGGGGAACGGGAAAAACAUCUCUAGCACUGGCUAUCGCUGCAGAAGCUAGGGUACCGGUUGUAAAAGUUGAAGCCCAGCAAUUGGAGGCUGGGCUAUGGGUUGGCCAAAGUGCAUCCAAUGUCAGGGAACUGUUCCAGACAGCUAGGGAUUUGGCCCCUGUAAUAAUUUUUGUGGAGGAUUUUGACCUUUUUGCUGGUGUCCGUGGUAAGUUCAUACAUACUAAAAAGCAGGAUCAUGAGGCUUUCAUUAAUCAACUUCUGGUGGAGCUUGAUGGGUUUCAGAAACAAGAUGGCGUUGUUCUGAUGGCUACAACUAGAAAUAUAAAUCAAAUUGAUGAAGCCUUGCAGCGACCUGGACGGAUGGAUAGAGUAUUUUAUCUACAACAGCCAACACAAGCAGAGAGGGAGAAGAUUUUACACUUAGCUGCUAAAGAAACCAUGGAUGAAGACCUUAUUGAUUUUGUAGACUGGAGAAAGGUUGCUGAGAAGACAGCUCUUUUAAGACCAGUAGAAUUAAAACUUGUUCCUGUUGCUUUGGAAGGUAGUGCCUUCAAGAGCAAGUUUCUUGACACGGAUGAACUCAUGAGCUAUUGCAGCUGGUUUGCGACUUUCAGCUGUUUGGUUCCAGAUUGGGUUCGGAAAACAAAAAUUGCAAAGAAGAUGAGCAGGAUGAUGGUGAAUCAUUUGGGACUAACAUUGAGUAAAGAGGAUUUGCAGAACGUGGUUGAUCUAAUGGAGCCAUAUGGUCAGAUAAGCAAUGGAAUAGAACUUCUGAAUCCUCCACUUGAUUGGACAAGGGAGACCAAAUUUCCACAUGCUGUUUGGGCUGCUGGCCGUGGUCUAAUUGCCCUUCUUUUACCCAACUUUGAUGUGGUUGAUAAUCUAUGGCUGGAGCCAUGUUCUUGGCAGGGUAUUGGAUGUACAAAGAUUAGCAAGGCAAAAAAUGAAGGUUCCUUGAAUGGGAAUUCAGAAUCAAGAUCAUACCUUGAAAAGAAGCUUGUAUUUUGUUUUGGUUCAUAUUUAUCAUCCCAACUACUACUUCCUUUUGGGGAAGAAAAUUUUCUCUGUUCUUCAGAAUUGAAACAGGCUCAGGAGAUAGCUACAAGGAUGGUGAUUCAGUAUGGGUGGGGGCCUGAUGACAGUCCUGCAAUUUACUACAGUAACAAAGGGGUUACAUUUUUAAGCACGGGGAACAGCCAUGAGUAUGAGAUGGCAGCUAAAGUUGAAAAGCUUUACGAUUUAGCAUAUCUUAAAGCAAAGGGUAUGCUUCAGAAAAAUCGAGGAGUUCUUGAAAAGAUUGUUGAAGAAUUGCUUGAAUUUGAGAUUUUAUCUGGCAAGGAUUUAGAAAGGAUGGUUGAUGAUAAUGGUGGCAUUCGGGAGAAAGAGCCCUUUUCCCUUUCCCAAGCUAAUUAUACAGAGGCAUUGUCUAGCACCUUUCUAGAUCAAGGCAAUGGAGCAGGACCUGCUCUUUUAGGUGUAUCUACCUAGGAUGAAGGGCCAAUUUUUAUUACGAGUUUAGUUUGCCGCACGUCUUAAUAACUUAAUUUAACAGUGUCUUUCUGACAUUUGAAAUAUCACAGGAAGCAGGCUAGGGUUGAGAAGAUGCCCCGCUGUUUUCUCCCUUCUCAACUGUUAGCAAUCUCAAUCUUUUUGGUUAGAGGACAUUUGGCUCCUCGCUUUCUUUGAUUUUUCAGCAACAGGCAACAUAUUAGAAGGAUUAACUUUUUGCUUCACCGUAUUCCCCUUCCAUAUGAUUGUAAGCAUAAAAGCCAGUGCUUCGAAUACAGGGAUGAGCUUGAAGAGUUGCAAAAAUUUUAUAGACAUGGAGGCCUCACCAUUGAAAUUUUAGUUGAGGCUUGUAAAGAGCAUUUUAAUGCAAAUACCAAUGAUUGCAGAAUAAUCUUAUUAUGGGACUUCAAUUCUGGAUU